AUGUCGCUCAACAUGAAAACCCUAACCCAAGCACUAGCAAAAACCGCAGCAGUAAUCGAGAAAAAGGUGCAAACAACGGUGCACGAGGUAACAGGUCCAAAGCCACUUCAAGACUACGAGCUUCUCGAUCAGAUCGGUUCCGCCGGACCGGGUUUAGCCUGGCGGCUUUACUCCGCCCGUGCUCGUGAUCCUUCGCGGCAGCAUCAGUAUCCCGUUGUGUGCGUUUGGGUGUUGGAUAAACGGGCUUUGUCGGAGGCUCGAGUGCGCGCGGGGUUGACGAAAGUGGCGGAGGAUUCGUUUUUGGAUUUGGUUCGGACGGAUGCGGGGAAGCUUGUUAGACUUAGGCAUCCGGGAAUUGUUCAUGUUGUUCAGGGACUUGAUGAGAGUAAGAACGCGAUGGCCAUGGUGACCGAGCCUUUGUUUGCUUCUGUUGCUAAUACGCUUGGGAAUCUUGAUAAUGUUGCAAAUGUUCCUAAGGAUCUUAGGGGAAUGGAAAUGGGACUGUUGGAGGUGAAGCAUGGUUUACUUCAGAUGGCGGAAUCGUUGGAUUUUCUCCACAACCAGGCUCAUCUUAUUCAUCGAGCUAUAUCUCCUGAGAAUGUUUUUAUUACAAUGAGCGGAGCCUGGAAACUUGGAGGAUUUGGUUUUGCAAUCCCUGCUUCGCAGAACCCUGGCGAGUUAUCUAAUCAGCAAGCCUUCCAUUAUGCUGAAUAUGACGUUGAAGACUCUAUUUUGCCACUUCAGCCAUCAAUUAAUUACACUGCUCCUGAGAUGGUGAGGAGCACUGCUUCUUCAGCUGGCUGCUAUUCUGAUAUUUUCAGUUUUGGAUGCCUUGCCUACCAUUUAAUUGCUCGCAAGCCUUUGUUUGACUGCCACAACAAUGUGAAGAUGUACAUGAAUACCUUGACUUACUUAUCCAGUGAUGCUUUCUCAUCUAUCCCAUCGGAACUGGUUCCUGACUUGCAAAGGAUGCUCUCUUUAAAUGAAUCUGUCAGGCCAACUGCGAUGGAUUUUACAGGCUCGCAGUUUUUUCGGAAUGACACUAGGUUACGUGCUCUGCGCUUCUUGGACCACAUGCUUGAAAGAGAUAACAUGCAGAAGACAGAGUUCUUAAAAGCCUUGUCGGAAAUGUGGAAAGAUUUUGAUUCCCGUGUUUUGCGAUACAAGGUCCUUCCACCACUUUGUGCAGAACUUAGGAAUGUAGUGAUACAACCAAUGAUUCUACCAAUGGUUCUAACCAUUGCAGAGUCUCAGGACAAGAAUGAUUUUGAGCAAUCAACACUUCCAGCCCUUGUCCCUGUCUUAAGCACUGCUUCUGGUGACACAAUGCUACUGCUUCUGAAGCAUGCUGAGCUAAUAAUAAACAAGACUACUCAAGAACAUUUAAUUUCACAUGUUCUUCCAAUGAUUGUUCGGGCCUAUGAUGAUAAUGAUGCACGUAUACAAGAAGAGGUCCUGAAAAAGUCUGUAUCCCUCGCCAAACAACUUGAUUCCCAGCUGGUGAAACAAGUGAUUUUACCCCGUGUUCAUGGACUAGCACUCAAAACAACGGUUGCCGCGGUUAGAGUCAAUGCUUUGCUGUGCCUAGGAGAAAUGGUUAACCGACUUGAUAAACACGCUGUCCUGGAAAUCUUGCAAACUAUUCAGCGCUGUACUGCUGUUGACCAUUCUCCUCCAACCCUUAUGUGUACCCUUGGGGUUGCAAAUUCUAUUUUUAAGCAGUAUGGAGUAGAAUAUGUUGCCGAACAUGUUCUUCCAUUGCUUAUGCCACUCCUGACUGCUCAACAACUCAAUGUUCAACAGUUUGCCAAAUAUAUGCUUUUUGUCAAGAAUAUUCUCCAGAAGAUAGAAGAGAAGCGGGGAGUUGUUGUGACUGAUUCUGGACUCCCUGAGGUAAAAUUAUCUCCUGCAGUGAAUGGCCUUCAGGUUGAUGCUCCAAGGACAAUCAACAGCACUGUUGCUACUCCAGCAAAAAGCAGCUCCUCUUGGGAUGCAGAUUGGGGUCCCAAAACAACGAGAACCACCAGUUAUGUUAGCAAUCCUACUGAUACGUCUAGUCAGUCAGUGAUAGGAAACCCCGUGGGUCAAGUAGCAUCUUUACAAAAUCAUGUUUCCUUAUCUGGUGUAUCUAAUCAACAGACAGCCAAAUCAUGUCCUUCAGUAGAUUUAGAGUGGCCGCCGCGUGCAUCUUCAGGUGUUACCUCACAAUUUGGUGAUAUUGAAAGGCAAACAGUUGCAGUAGGAACCUCAUCCACAUCUAAUAAUGAAGAUGAUGAUCCUUUUGCUGACUGGCCUCCGCGCCCUAGUGGCCCACUAUCUGGUGGAUUUGGAAAUCCCAACAAUGGUACUUCAGGAAUGCCACUAAAUAAAUUAGGACAUAAUUCAAUGACAAGCAAUUCAAGCAAUCUUCAAGCCAGCAACAAUUGGUCUGUCAACUCCCAAAGAUCUGUGGAGUCUAUCAGUUUGAACCCAAUGAAUGCUAGUUCAUCUAUUAGUAACCUGAAUAAUGGCUUUCAGCCUGAGAGUCCUCUUGGGUUCCUAAAACAAAGUCAGGCCUUUCCAGUAUCGAAUCUUGUUUCGUCAUCAUACAAUAACGUUAAAUCAACUGAUCUUGGAUCCAUAUUUUCUUCCAACAAGAAUGAACAAAUUGCACCUAGACUUGCCCCACCCCCUUCAACCACAGUGGGUAGAGGGCGGGGAAGAGGGAGGGGUGCUACUUCAACCAAACAGCCCUCUCAUACAAAGUCAAGCACUGAGCAGCCACCCCUUUUGGAUUUGUUGGGGUAA